AUGUGUCUUUUACUCAACAUGGCGACCGGCAAAGGGCUUACGAUUGUAUUUCGACCAAAAACUUUUAGUUUAAUCAACAGUGGUAUUCUAAAUAAAUUGUCGUGUGGUAUUGUGCAAAGAUGUAACACAUGUCACCGAUCUAUCACAACAGUAGCGUUGGGUGUCCGCAAUUGGAACUCAAAGAAAAUAGGAAAAUGUAACGUAGGACAUUUCGCUCAAACCCAAAGAGAAAUACAUACUACAAAUCAGCUUUUAAAACUUGAUUAUUAUGAGAUAUUAGGUGUAUCUAAAAAUGCUUCGGCAAAGGACAUUAAGAAGGCAUAUUAUCAAUUGGCUAAAAAAUAUCAUCCUGAUACAAAUAAAGGAGAUCCAAAUGCUAGUAAAAAAUUUCAAGAGGUUUCUGAAGCUUACGAAGUAUUAAGCGAUGAUAAUAAAAGAAAAGACUAUGAUACAUGGGGAGAAUCUGCUCAUCGAAUGGGAAUGGGGAAUUCUCAGGGUCAAGCCAAAGAUUAUGGAACUAACUGGGAGUACCCAUCAUCUGCUAAUCCAGAAGAGUUAUUUAGAUCAAUCUUUGGAGAUGAUGCUUUUCGAUCUAAUAUUUUUAAUCGUUUUGAUGAUUAUGCUGAAACGAAAUCUGGUUUUGGAGCAGCUCAAGAGGUUAUUAUGAAUUUAACAUUUUCGCAAGCUGCCAGAGGUGUAAAUAAAGAUGUUCAACUGAAUGUAAUCGAUACGUGCCCAAAAUGUAAAGGUUCCCGUUGUGAGAUAGGUACAAAAGCAGUUAAGUGCCAACAUUGUAAUGGCACUGGAAUGGAAACGAUUGGUAAUGGUCCUUUUGUGAUGCGCUACACUUGUCGUUAUUGUCGCGGCGACAAGGUAUUUAUUAAAUUUCCGUGUCAGGAAUGUGACGGAAAAGGACAAUCGGUGCAAAGAAAAAAAAUAACAGUUCCAGUUCCAGCUGGUAUUGAAGAUGGUCAAACAAUUCGAAUGACUGUGGGUAACAAAGAAGUGUUUAUAACAUUCCGAGUGGAAAAAUCGAAAUACUUUCGUAGAGAUGGAUCAGACAUACAUACAGAUGCUGAAAUUUCGUUAUCACAAGCAGUACUUGGUGGCACAAUAAGAAUUGAAGGCAUUUAUGAGGAUCAUACUAUACAAAUACAGUCUGGUACUUCAUCCCAUACUAAAAUUAGACUGAAUGGAAAAGGAGUGAAAAAGGUGAAUGGCGUAGGAUGUGGAGACCAUUAUGUACACAUUAAAAUAUCAGUACCUACAAAAUUAAAUAACAAACAAUUGGCUUUACUGCAAGCUUAUGCCGAGCUUGAGACUGAUACUCCUGGCAGUAUAUAUGGUAUAACACACAAAACAGAUGGUACAAAAGAAAGUUAUAUUGGUCCUCUCGAGUUAGUAGAAUCCAUACGAAUAGCAUUAAGUAAUGGAGAUAUUUCUAAUACACAAAAUUCAUUUCCAAAAACUGAAGAUUCUGGAGCUAAGCCACGAAAUAAUACGAAAUCGAAAUACGAUAGUUCGAAAAAUGAAGACGUUAACACAAAGCAAAGACAAACAUCAUAAUAUUAUGACACUAUUAGAUUUUGUGAGUGGUAGCAAAUUAUUCGUUCACGUCAGCUGUGGAAGAAAUAACGUUCGAAAUUAAUAAAAGUAAAAGUUAAUUGCUAUGUAAUAGAAUCUAUAUUGCCGCUGCCAACAUUAAUACAAUACGGAACAAAGUCGACUGCAACUUGAUGUGUUUAUUACAAAUGCAAUUGUAUGCUAAUGUUUUCGUUUAUUUAAUCUAUACAUACUUGACUUUAAAAAACUUGUACAUAUUACCACAAAUGUGUUGCUCGAUUUCCGAUUGAUAGAAUGCGAUUGGAUGCGCAAAAUUGAUUUUCGAUGAUUCCGACACAUUUGUGGAAGUAUAAAUAAAUUUCUUUUUAAACCAAAGUACAUCGGCAAUUGAUACAAUUUACCGAGUAAGUUACAUGUGUAUCCAUAAAAAAAAAAUUGAUGAUAAAAGGUCGUCUUAAUAAUAUCUAUAAUACAUGUAUAAUAAAUUAUACAAUGUGUUAUAUUUACACUUAUGGUCAACCAUUAGGUCCUUUACUUUCAUACUAUCCAAAACGAAUUCAUAAUGCAAUGAUGCCUUGGAAAUUGGCCGGUUGCUAUCCCUACCAGUUCUUAAAACUGACUACCUACUUGCACCGUGUUAUGUAUGUCUAUCUCACUUACACUUUCUGAAAGAAAGAGACGCGCGGGACUUUCUGAAAGAUUUCCCUCUAACUUUAGCUAAUUUCAGUCCCAAACAUCGCCCAAUAUCCAAGGCAUUAUUGUAUGCACAAUUAAACAUGCAUGUAUGCAAGUAAACAUAGGAGAAAGGAUGAAUAGGUGCAAAGAAAACAUUAUGUAAAUAUAAAUAGAAUUUAUUAUUUUAUUCAAAUUGUUUACACGUGUAAAAGAAAGACAAAUAAUUUAGUUUGUGUAGGUAUGGUUACAUUUAAUGUUGAAAGUCUCUUUUCAACAAUUUUCUUUUUCAUUUUUUCCAUUCCCUUAGACAUGU